AUGUCCGAGCACACGCCGUCGCGGCGCGCGCGCGCGUCGCCGCGGCAGACGUCCACCCCGCGGCGACGUUCGUCCGACCUCGACGACGGCGCGUCGCACCACGUCGGGGUGACGCUCACGCCGAGCGGGCGGUACCGCGCGAGGUACAAAGACAAAUCGCUCGGCACGUUCGACACCGUCGACGAAGCCGUGGACGUCCGCGCGGCGUACGAGCGCGAGCGCGAGCGCGGCGGCGGCGGCGGCGGCGGCGGCGACAGAGUGGACGAGGACGAGGACGACGCCGCGACGCCGACGCGAGGGAGGGGCGCGAGCGCGAGCCCGAGAGGCGCGGCGAGGACGCCGCGACGCGCGGGACGACGCUCGGCGGACGCGGGAGAGACGGAGCCGACGCGCGGCGGCGGCGGCGGCGCGCGGUGGACGACGCAGCUCGCGCUCGCGCUGUUCUUCGUCGUCGUCGCGCUCGCGAUGGCGCCUCCCGGGGGAAGGACCUGGACCGGCGCUCGGACCGCGUCGUCGCCGUCGCCGCCGCCGUCGGUGGCGUCGGCGUUUCGUCGACCGAGCUGCGCGGCGGCGGCGGGCGCGGACGACGCGGUCGUCGCGCUCGCGCCCGCGCGGUGGGAGGAGACGGUCGGGAUGUUCAUGGACGCGGUGCGAGAGACGUCGCGGCUCGGUCGCGGCGGAAGCGGAGACGAGACCGACGACGCGCGCGCGUCGUCCUCGAACGCGGGCGGCGGCGCGGCGGGGAAAGGCCCUUCGCUGAUGCUCGUCGCGGACGGCCCGAACGACGCGCGGACGGUCGCGCGCGACGUCAAGGCUGCGUUCGACGCGUGCGACGCGGAGGAGUGCGUGCUUCUGAUCGACUGCGAGUGGUACGCGGCGUCGAGCGCGGUCGGGUCCGCGUCCGAGCGCGCGGAGCAAGACGCGCGGGGCGCGUUGCAAAAGUCGUUGGCGACGUUUCUGACGCGGUGUCCGCGCGGCGUCGUCGUGAUUCAAGGCGCGGAGAGCCUGAACAGGCCGCUGCUGUCCGCGCUGCUUCCCGCGCUGAGCGAGGGCGGGCGGUUCAUGCGCGACGGCGCGGAAGUGCGCGCGGAUUUGGCGUCGUACGUCGUCACCGUCGCGUUGGGGGGACGGUGGACGACGACGACGACAGCCGGCGGCGGCGGCGGAGGAGGAGGAGAGAGCGUCCGCGCGUGGAUGGAGAGGGAGUGGGUCGAGGGCCGGAGCGUCCGCGCGUGGAUGGAGAGCGAGCGGACGUUCGCGAGGCGCGCGAAGGACGCGCUCGCGGACGUGUUCGCGGGCAAGGCAGGGGUGCACGGCGGCGGCGGCGACGAGGGAGGCGACGACGGCGUCGUCGGCGCGUUCAGAAGACGCGUCGACUUUGUCGUGCCGUCGCGUUUGAUCGAGGACGGCGCGUCGUCGUCGUCGUCGUCGUCGUGA